ACUUUCUCAGGACGCCAAACCCGACACCUGGGGCCAGAACUACACUUCCCACCAAGCAGCGAGGCAGGAGGAAGAAGGGGGCACUGGGGGCUGAAAAGCAAAACCAGAAGAAAGAGAAAACAUUACCUGCUGACCAGCAGAGGUGAGAGAGAGAGACAGCUCUGUUCUAGGUGGCAAGAACCAUGCACUUCUCCAGCUCAGCCAGGGCAGCAGAUGAGAACUUUGACUAUUUGUUCAAGAUUAUCCUCAUUGGGGAUUCCAAUGUGGGGAAGACUUGUGUGGUACAGCAUUUCAAGUCUGGAGUCUACACUGAGACACAGCAGAACACGAUUGGAGUGGACUUUACCGUGCGCUCCCUUGAUAUUGAUGGCAAAAAAGUGAAGAUGCAGGUGUGGGACACAGCCGGCCAGGAGCGCUUCCGCACCAUCACCCAAAGCUACUACCGCAGUGCCCACGCGGCCAUCAUCGCCUAUGACCUCACCCGGCGGUCUACGUUCGAGUCCAUCCCUCACUGGAUUCAUGAGAUAGAGAAAUAUGGAGCUGCAAAUUUGGUCAUUAUGCUGAUUGGAAAUAAAUGUGACCUCUGGGAAAAGCGGCACGUCCUGUUCGAGGAUGCCUGCACACUGGCUGAGAAGUACGGCCUCCUGGCCGUUUUGGAGACAUCUGCCAAGGAGUCCAAGAACAUAGAUGAAGUCUUCGUGCUUAUGGCCAAGGAGCUGAUCGCCCGCAAUAGCCUGCACCUAUAUGGGGAGAGUGCCCUGAACGGCCUCCCCCAGGACUCCAGCCCCGUUCUUAUGGCCCAAGGUCCGAGUGAAAAGACCCACUGCACUUGCUAAGAUGUUUGCAAAGCCAGUCGCACCCACCAAAGAGGCCGCCUCUGAAACCAAAGGUAGCCAGGACACCGUAGUGUUGCCCCAGUGGCGCUUUAGACCCCAGCGUGGACUUGCCGCUCACCCCUAAUCCUCCCAGUCUGGAUGGGCCACACUUCUCCCUUGACUCACACACCACAGGUCGUAGCUGCUGACUCUCAGGAAAACCAGCACCAUUGUUUUCACUGACUCUUGACUCCUGGAGAAGGCAGGACUUCGGGCUAGGAGCGGGAGGACGAAGUGUACUCUUCUCCCCUUUCAGUUUUCUGUCUCCCCAGCGCUUCUGCUGCUUUCUACUGAAUUUUGUUUCUUGCUUGAAGAAGAGGGUAGUGAAGGAAAGGAGGGGGGCGAAACAGCAAGAGAGAGAAGAGGCUGUUUGGAACAUUCUGGAACAGUUUGAAACAGCUCAGGGAGGGAGAAUGGAACAAAAGUCCGCAAUGAGAAACCAGAAUGCUGCUAUCAUUUUGUUCCUGACAUUCACACCUCAGGUCUUCACUUUGGGGAGCGAAGCCUUUUAGCAGAAAUACCAGAAGUACCAUCUUGCCAAAUGGUCAGGAACUGUCUGAUGGAGAUGGAACUGGAAUUCACUCUAUUCUAGUGGGGCUGACUUGGCCACCAUCCUGGGAUAGGGGAAGACACCUGCAAUUUUUUUUUUUUUUUUUUUUUUUUUUUUUUGAGACAGGGUCAUACUCUGCCACCCAGGCUGGAGUACAGUGGUGGGAUAUUGGCUCACUGCAACCACCACCUCCUGGGUUCAAGAGAUUGUCCCACCUCAGUCUCCCAAGUGGCUGGGACUACAGACACACGCCACCACACCUGGCUAAUUUUUGUAUUUUUUGUAGAAACAAGGUUUCACCAUGUUGCUCAGGCUAAUCUUGAACUCCUGAGCUCAAGUGAUCUGCCCACCUUGACUUCCCAAAGUGCUGGGAUUACAGGCAUGAACCACCAUGCCCGAUCUUUUUUUUUUUGGGGGGGGGGUAGGGGACUGAGUCUUACUCUGUCACCCAGGCUGGAAUGCAGUGGAACGAUCUCAGCUCACUGCAACCUCAAACUCCACCUCCUGGGUUCAAGCAAUUCUCCUGCCUCAGCCUCCCAAGUAGCUGGGACUACUGGUGCCCACUACCACGCCCAGCUAAUUUUUUGUGUGUUUUUAGUAGAGACUGGGUUUCACUACGUUGGCCAGGCUGGUCUUGAACUUCUGACCUCGUGAUCCACCCGUCUCAGCCUCCCAAAGUGCUGGGAUUACAGGCGUGAGCAGUGAACCACUGCACCUGGCCUUUUUUUUUUUUUUUAAUUGUAAAAAUGAAGUCUUGCUAUGUUGCCCAGGCUGGUCUCCAAUUCCUGAGCUCACAGGAUUCGCCCAUCUCUGCCUCCCAAAGUGCUGGGAUUAUAGGCGUGAGCCACCAUGCCUGGCCCAAUUUCUUUCUAGAACCCUGAAUCAUCUGCCAGAUCAGAAGUCAUUUUUGAAUUAAAAUUAAAUUGGUUCAUAGAUGAAUAUCAAGCCAGUGUUGUACUGCCCCUUCUGUAAGAUAUGACCAGAGAGCAGCUGGUGCCUUCUAGGAUGGAGUAACCCUGGCUUUCAGAACUAAACAUGUAAGAGGAGGCUGGAAGUCACCAGCCACUCCUCGUUUCCAGGACUGUGUUAGGGGACAUCAGGGCAGGCAGCAGGAGCAGGCCACGGAGCCCCUCCAGGGUCCCAGGGAGCUGUGGACACUCACCUGGGGCUUCUGGAGGACAAACACCACUUAUGACUGCAGCUGACAUUUACUGAGCUGCUUCUCAUGGCCAGAAGUUUUAUGUGAGGUCUGGGGGAAGCGAAUGGUCCCCUUGGUUUGUGAUGCCAGUGGAGGGGAAAAGAGGUACGAGCCGCGUUCUGCUGCUCCUCUUUUUUUUUUGAGACGGAGUCUCGCUGUGUCACCCAGGCUGGAGUGCAAUGGCGUGAUCUUGGGUCACUGCAACCUCCACCUCCCAGGUUCAAGUGAUUCUCCUGCCUCAGCCUCCCGAGUAGCUGGGAUUACAGGGGUAUACCACCACACCUGGCUAAUUUUUGUAUUUUUAGUAGAGACAGGGUUUCACCAUGUUGGUGAGGCUGGUCUUGAACUCCUGACCUCAGGUGAUCCACCUGCCUCAGCCUCCCAAAGUGCUGGAAUUACAGGCUUGAGCCACUGCACCCGGCCUGCUGCUCCUCUUAAUACCCUUGGACUUCCUGGCAUCCUCUCAUCCAGCAGUAGCUCUCAGUCCCCCCUUUCCCUGCUCCACCCUUUUUUUUUUUUUUUUUUUGAGACAGCGUCUCUCUCUGUUGCCCAAGUUGGAGUGCAAUAGUGCGACCUCGGCUCACUGCAAGCUCCGCCUCCCAGGUUCAAGCGAUUCUCCUGCCUCAGCCUCCUGAGUAGCUGGGACUACAGGUGCAUGCCACCACACCCGGCUAAUUUUUUGUAUUUUUAAUAGAGACUGGGUUUCACUGUAUUAGCCAGGAUGGUCUUGAUCUCCUGACCUUGUGAUCCUCCCCCCUCGGCCUCCCAAAGUGCUGGGAUUACAGGCGUGAGCCACCGGGCCCAGCCCUUUUUUUUUUUUUUUUUUUUUUUGAGACAGAGUUUCGCUCUUGUUGCCCAGGCUGAAGUGCAAUGGCGCGAUCUCGGCUCACCACAACCUCCACCUCCUGGGUUCAAGCAAUUCUCCUGCCUCAGCCUCCUGAGUAGCUGGGACUACAGGCACUUGCCACAGUGCCCGGCUAAUUUUUUGUAUUUUUAGUAGAGAUGGGGUUUCACCAUAUUGGCCAGGCUGGUCUCGAACCUCUGACCUCAGCUGAUCUGCCCACCUCAGCCACCCAAAGUGCUAGGAUUAAAGGUGUGAGCCACCGUGCCUGGCCUAUUUGUUUUUUUGUUUGUUUGUUUUUGUUUUUGAGAUAGCAUCUCACUCUGUCACCCAGUCUGGAGUUCAGGGGCGCAAUCUUGGCUCACUGCAACUUCCACCUCCCAGGUGCAAGCGAUUCUCCUACCUCAGCCUCCCAAGUAGUUGAGAUUACAGGCAUGAGCCAUCACACCUGGCCUAGUUUUUGUAUUUUUAGUAGAGAUGGGGUUUCGCCAUGUUGGCCAGGCUGGUCUUGAACUCCUGACCUCACGUGAUCCGCCCACCUCAGCCUCCCAAAGUGUUAGGAUUACAUGCGUGAGCCACUGCGCCCAGCCAAAAUCAAUAUGUCGAAGAGAUAUCUGCACUUCCAUGUUCAUUGCAGCAUUAUUCAUGAUAGCCAAUAUAUGGAAGCCAUCUAAGUGCCCAGCAUAGAUACACGGAUAAAGAAAAUAUGGUGUAUAUAUAUAUAUAUAUAUACACACACAUAUACUAUUCAGCCAUUAAAAAUAAGGAAAUUCUGUCAUUUGCAACAACAUGGAUGAACCUGGAGGAUAUUAUGCUGAGUGAAAUAAACCAAGCACAGAAACACAAAUACCACACGUUCUCACUGAUAUGCAGAAUCUGAAAAAGUCGGACUCAUAGAAGUAGAGAGUAAAAUGGAGGUUACCAGGGGCUAGAAGUGGGGUGGACAGGGAAAGAGAGAAUGGGAAAAUGUUAGUCAAAGCGUACAAAGUUUUAGUUAACCAGGAGAAGUAAGCUUUUGAGAUCUAUUGCAUAGCCUGGUGACUAUAGUUAACAUUAAUAUAUAUUUCAGGCUGGGCACGGUGGCUCAUGCCUGUAAUCCCAGCACUUUGGGAGGCUGAGGUGGGCAGAUCACCUGAGGUCAGGAGUUCAGGACUAGCCUGGCCAACGUGGUGGAACCCCAUCUCUACUAAAAAUACAAAAAUUAGCCAGACAUGGUGGCACACGCCUGUAAUCCCAGGUACUUGGGAGGCUGAGCCAGGAGAAUCGCUUGAACCCAGGAGGCAGAGGUUGCAGUGAGCCAAGAUCAUGCCACUGCACUCCAGCCUGGGCAACAGAGCGAAACUCUGUCUCAAAAAAAAAAAAAAACAAAAAGGAGGCCGGGUGCAGUGGCUCAGGCCUGUAAUCCCAGCACUUUGGGAGGCCAAGGUGGUGGAUCACGAAGUCAGGAGAUCAAGAUCAUUCUGGCUAACAUGGUGAAACCCCAUCUGUACUAAAAAUACAAAAAAAAUCAGCUGGGCAUGGUGGCAGGCGCCUGUAGUCCCAGCUACUCGGGAGGCUGAGGCAGGAGAAUGGCGUGAACCCAGGAGGCGGAGCUUGCAGUGAGCCGAGAUCGCACCACUGCACUCCAGCCUGGAUGACUGAGCAAGACUCUGUCUCAAAAAAAAAAAAAAGGAAAGUAAAAUAAUAAUAUAUAUUUCAAAAUAAGAGUAAAUUUCAAAUGACUCACCAGUAAAGAAAGGGAAAUGGUUGUUAAUUAACUUGAUUUAAUCAUUCCAUGGUGUAUACAAUACAUUGUAUCCUAUAAAUGUAUAUAAUUAUGAUUUUUCAAUUAAAAAUAAUAU